GCGGCCAAAGCCAAGGCCAAGGCCACGGCCACGGCCGCGGGACGGGAGAUGCUGCGGCUCUCGGAGGCUCGCUAACUUUCCACUCUAGGAGAGGCAGGGGGAACGAGGAAGAGGAAGAGCGCGCCGGGCUCGCAGACAGGGAUGCCGAAGGUCGUCUGUUAGUUGUGACAGAGGGGUGUAAGCUCUAUAUAUCUUGGUGAGAGGGCUGGCAGAUGUCCCAAGUGGGAGAACCUCUUCCUUCUGGGCCUGAAGGGCCAAAGCAUGGAGCUGAGUCUGAAAGCAGCUUUUUGAUCUCACUCCCUGGGGAAAAAUGUGACCAAGACAAUACAGAGAGAGCUAUCACACCACCCACCAAUAGCCUCUUUAUGCAUGGAGAGAAUCAAGACCAGUCCAUCUGGGGAAAUUGUUCAGAUGGCAAUCUCAUUAGAACACAACCUCAACGCUUGCCUGAGCCCCAGACUUCAGCACAGGAACAAAGUGAAGAAGAAAUGGGCAAGAUAAAGAAUGGUCAUACAAAUCUGAGAAAUGGGAAUGGAAUCCACAAUGGGGUUAGACAUGUAUCUAUAGAUAACCGAAAACUUUCUGCGCCUGUUUCACAAAAAAUGCAUAAAAAAAUUCAGUCCAGCUUGUCUGUAAACAGUGACAUGAGCAAGAAGAGUAAAGUAAGCGCUGUCUUUUCUCAAAAACCAGGCUCAUCACCUGAAGAUUGCUGUGUUCACUGUAUCCUGGCCUGCUUGUUCUGUGAGUUCCUGACCCUCUGCAAUAUCGUAUUAGGACAAGCACCAUGUGGCAUCUGUGCGUCGGAGGCCUGCUGCUGUUGCUGUGGUGAUGAAGUAGGAGAUGACUGUAACUGCCCUUGUGACAUGGAUUGUGGUAUAAUGGAUGCCUGUUGUGAAUCAUCAGACUGUUUAGAAAUCUGUAUGGAAUGCUGUGGAAUUUGUUUCCCAUCGUAAAUAUUUAUCUCUUAUUUUAUUUUGUUCAAAACUGGAGUUUUUGUUGUUUUUUAAAAAAAUUCUCCUAAGGGGGUGGAAAAGCAUCACAAGAUUCUCAUCAAACAACCCAGUUACUUGCACUGUUUCCUCUCUCUUUUUAAAGAAUCUUUGAAAACUCCAUAUCAUAACUAAAUGUGUAUGGUUCUAUGUGUGAAAUUGUGUAUUUUUUUUCUGUAAUAGAUUAUUUUAACUAAUGGGAGAUUUUGAAAGAAAAAAAACACAAAAAUUCAUUUUUUCUCUUACUUCUUAGCUAGAUUUGUGAUAACCAUUCCUAGAAGCCUCCUUUCUCCAAACACAUUUAUUUCUAAAUGAGUAUUUAAAGAAGAAAAUUUAUUUUUGUUAUUUGUCUAUUAACGUUUAAAAUGAACUGUUCUUUGUAGUUUAAAUUAGAGAGAACAAAUUCAAGGAUGUCUUAAAAACAAAAUUGUGGGAACUCGGGUCUCAGAGGCUUUCCACAUUUAUUACUUGAAGAAUUUAGUUUCAUACCAAACUUUAGAGGUCAAGAUGAAAACUCUGUACUCUUAAUCAGUUACAAUUAAAUAUACAUAGCCCUUUUAAAGCAGUAAGAAAUACAGUAUUUAGAAAAUGAAAUACAUCAGCUAAGAUUUACCAAAAUGUGUAUCUUGUUUAUAGCUGAUUAUAGUAUUUUUGGUUUCAUUAUGAGGUUUUAUGUUGAUAAAAGUAAAGACUUAUGAAGCUGAUACAGUAUAUUCAGAGUUAGGAAAUGCCAGUGCCAACAUGAGGAGCAGCAUUGGUAAAUUCGCAGUUUAAUUUGAGACUGCUAUUUUUUGUGGGUGUUUGCAUUUUUGAAGUUGUUUUGGUUUCUGUUGGAUUUUAACCAAUUUAUAUAAAGGGCACUUACUACAAACCAUUCCUUAACAAUGCAGUGAGAAUUCCUAUUUCUACCAUUGUGACUUGACUAGAUUUCAAGAUUUUCAGUCUUGAAAUUAACCAAGUCAUCAACUAUAUAUACCAUGUGUAGUUGAUACCUACCUUAUAUAUUAAGAAAGUAGGAAAAGACAAAGAGAGUUAUAGCUGAUUUGAGACUUACAACAUUUGAGUAUGUUCUGUUAGAAUGAGGAGUAUGUUUUCCUACUCUGUGUUUCCUACUGUGUCUUGAUUUUUCCAGAUUGUUAAGUUUGGUUUCAUGUAAUUUUUUUUGUAGAGGUUACGGAAAUACAUUUUUGGAUUGAUAUUUCUUGCUAUGUAUCUAAUUUAUUGCUUGCCCCAUUCCCAUUCCUCAUUGUUGUCCUUUAUAAUCAAAGAGGACCAAAAUGACAUCACAAUGUUGGAUCAGUGUACAGUGUGUCUGACUGUGGUUGAUCAGAUUAAUUAACUGGCCACUUUCCAGUCACCUUUUAGCAUAGAUAGUCUUUUAAAAAAGACCUUGCUACAUUGGUCUUGGAAAUGCAGGACCACAGGCUCCAAAGACAGAAGUACCGUCUGUUACCAUUUGCUUUUCAUGAGACAUAGUUGAUAGCUAUUUCAUGUAUUGUUGAUGUUGUUUUUCAGUAAUGUCCAACUCUUUGUGACCCCAUGGACCAUACUGUCCAGGGGGUUUUCUUG